AUGCCCCACGCUAUAUAUCCUCACGUUCAGGAGGCUAUCAACGCCGACGAACAUGUCAAACUUAUUCUUUGCUUUGACGGCACCGGCAAUGUCUUCAGUGGCACUAACGCGGAUACCAAUGUCGUCAAGAUUCUUCAUUACCCAGUUAACCAUGUUGAAUACGCUAAGCAGAUUGAAGCUGGAAUCGGUACGUACGAUAUAAAUGAGAGCUCCGUCAACAAGACGCCUAUUGGAAGCGUACGAAGCAUGGCCUCUCAAGCAAUUGACUCGGGGUUCGGUACCACAUUCGACGCGCAUAUUAUGGCGGGAUAUCGUUUCCUGAUGCGACACUAUGAAUCUGAAGCUAAGAUUUAUAUAUUUGGUUUCAGUCGAGGCGCUUUUACUGCCAAGUAUCUAGCCCGCAUGGUCAACGAGGUUGGCCUGUUAUGCAAGGGCAACGAAGAGAUGGUGCCUUUCGCAUACCGCCUAUACCAAAGGUCUCUUAAAUGUGAAAGCGACGAUCGUACCGCUGCCGCCAAGGGUGGUUCUGACAACACCCCCAAGAGCCAGCCUGAUGGAACCAGUCAGUCCGAAACAGAUAGUCUGCCGCAGAAUGCUGCGCCUACCGGCACGUCACAUGGGAAGAAGAAGCGCGGGAAAAAAAGCCACAAACCGGCUGGAGAUAGCUUUUUGUCGGGCAACCCCAUAGUUACAACAAGCCCCCAGACGAUCGCUGCCAGAAAGGAGGUCAAGGCUUUCAGUGAGACCUUCUGCCGGACUGAUGGCACCGAUCCUGAUCCUCACACGCAUAAGAACAUCAAGGUCUUCUUCCUCGGUAUCUGGGACUGCGUCAACUCUGUUGCAGUUGUCGAGCGAAAUGCGCCCGCUCCAGUCGAGGUAACUGGAACUGCACACCACGUCCGUCACGCCGUGGCGGUCGACGAGCACCGUGUCAAGUUCAAGCCUGCCCUGCUUGCGCAGGAUAUUAAGGAAGUGAUUGAGGAUUCCAACAACAAGAGCAUCCACGACGAAGAUGAAGAGGAGGAUAUCAGAGAAGUUUGGUUCCCCGGUAACCACGGUGAUAUUGGUGGAGGAUGGCCAGCUGUGCCAGUGAAGUCGCCAAGCGAAAUGACUUGGUGGCCGCGCUUGAAAUACUUCUUCAGUACCAUGAAACCCAAUGAUCCAUACCAGAUCUUGGACGACGACGCUUUACAGAUGAGCGAUAUGGCGCUUGACUGGAUGAUUCGCGAGGUUGAUAUUAUCGGCAAGCAACAUCCUGGCUGCCAAGUACACUGGUGUCACACUCUUGGAGACUUCAAGAAGAACAUGAACGUGGCUGACAACGUUGAGAAAUAUGUCGUCAAGGGGUUCAUGCAUAACUGUCUAAAGUUUGGAUACGGCACAUCCUUCUUCAAGGUUCUCAUGUGGAACUUCAUUGAAUCUCUCCCAGGCAUUCCCCGCUGGGAGCUCAACGAUGUGAAGGAUAAGGAAGAAAGAGGAUGGGAAUUGUAUCGAGGCACGCCCAAUUUCUGUGCCUCUCGGGAUAUCCCCAGGGGGGCUGUCUUGCACAAUUCGCUCAAGGAACGCCUAGAGAAGGUCGAUACCUAUCGCCCCCGCAACAGUCAUGGCCCGGGUAAGCCUUGUUUGUGGAACAAAAAUGGUGCUGUUGAUAUGGUAGAUGUUUCGUACGAGCGUCUCGGCCCGAACGGCCCCAUCAAGAAGGAUGGUACUUGGGAUGCGCGACACAGGAUUUGGCAGUUGAAGGAUUUCAUUUCCAAGUCGCCUACUUCUUCUUACUAG